AUGGAGGACACCUGUCAAACCCUAACGAUCACGGCCAACAACAACCACCACCUCCGCCGUGGCCGACGCCUGAACGGAGACGAAGCGAAUGGAUUCGACUGCGACGAUGAAGAAGAUGAUGAUGGAGAGGAGUGUGAUAAGGAGGUCUGGAACGUGUUGAGCAAGAGCUUUCGCCAGGUCCAGUCGGUGUUGGAUCGGAAUCGGCUGUUGAUUCACCAAGUUGACGAGAAUCAUCAAUCCAAGAUCCCUGAGAACCUCGUCAAGAACGUUGCCCUAAUUCGUGAGAUCAACGGUAACAUAUCUAAAAUCGUAUCCCUCUACUCCGAUCUCUCCUCCAAUUUCUCCAACGUUGUUCGGCAGCGACGCGCAAUCCUGGCUUCCAACAUCGACGACCACCACCACCACCACAACAUGGAGAAGACCAACAUCAGCAAGGUCCAUAGUACCGGCGCUUGA